CUUGAGAUGAGUGUCAUUGAAAAGCGGUCGCCGACUAUUGAUAUCAAUGAUGAAUUCUUAGAUCUCGCCGUUGCUCGGCUUUGUACAUGGGAUGGGGCAUGGAGCAAGCAGCAUCAGCUGUGUGGCAUUCAAGAUUCGACAUUUAAAAGUGGGGCGGGAUGUGUAACUGCAGCCAAGAAGGUCCCUCAUUCUCUGAGACUCAGACUCCCGCUUCGUCUGAAGAUUCAAGCCAAAAAGGCGUUGGCAAGAUAAGAAGAAGUGACCACCAUUUGAAUUUGGGUCUACUCUGCCAAGUGUACUCAAGCAUCAUCAGUCUCGGUUUGACUUACUGUACAUAUCUCCAUCCUUCGCCUGUUUCUCAAACACUAUCUUGAGAUUUUCACCCGGAUCUCAACCCCGCCAUCAUCAUCAGAUAUCAAAAACCUCAGAUAGACAAAAAUGGACAGCAACCUGCCCCCAACCGCAGCCACCGAGGCCGUCCUCGUCCAAUCAGUCGACAUGCCCUCAGACGCCCAAAAAGUAGAAGAGCUCGACUUCAACGCCUUCAAAGGCCGGCCCAUCACCGUCGACGACCUCCUCCAGGGCAUGAAGCACAUGGGCUUCCAAGCCUCCUCCAUGUGCGAAGCCGUCCGGAUAAUCAACGACAUGCGCACCUGGUCAGACCCCUCCGACCCCUCGGCCAAAACCACCAUCUUCCUCGGCUACACCUCCAACCUCAUCUCCUCCGGCCUCCGCGGCACCCUCCGCUACCUAGCCCAGCACUCCCACAUCUCCGCCAUCGUCACCACCGCCGGCGGCGUCGAGGAGGACUUUAUCAAGUGCCUCGGCGACACCUACCUCUCCUCAUUCGCCGCCGAGGGCUCCUCCCUCCGCAAGCAAGGGCUCAACCGCAUCGGGAACCUCGUCGUCCCCAACAAGAACUACUGCCUGUUUGAAGAUUGGGUCGUGCCCAUCCUGGACAGGAUGCUCGAGGAGCAGGAGGCCUCCAAGGGUACCGAUGACGAGAUCAACUGGACGCCCUCCAAGAUUAUCCACCGGUUGGGCAAGGAGAUCAACGAUGAGAGGAGUGUCUAUUACUGGGCGUACAAGAACAACAUCCCUGUUUUCUGCCCGGCGCUGACGGAUGGGAGUUUGGGGGAUAUGCUGUAUUUCCACACGUUCAAGGCGUCGCCGAAGCAGUUGAGGGUGGAUAUCGUCGAAGAUAUCAGAAAGAUCAACACCAUUGCUGUGAGGGCCAAGAGGGCAGGCAUGAUUAUUCUGGGAGGCGGGAUUGUGAAGCACCACAUAGCCAAUGCGUGCUUGAUGAGAAACGGGGCCGAGUCGGCCGUGUAUGUCAACACGGCUCAGGAGUUUGACGGCAGUGACGCCGGUGCGAGACCAGAUGAGGCGGUCAGCUGGGGAAAGAUCAAGAUCGGUGCUGAUGCAGUCAAGGUCUACAUGGAAGCCACAGCCGCCUUCCCCUUCAUCGUAGCCAACACCUUUGCAAAAGAAGACUAG